AUGGGUCUAGCCACUCUAAGCUUUGACCUAUCAGUUCGUGGUUCUAGAGCCCAACGGCAUGCAGCUUCCACAUCCUUGGUUAACUCUUUGCGGAGUACAGGCUUCGUGAAACUAACCAAUCAUGGCAUGCCCCUGGAGACGAUUCAGCAGGCACAGGAAUGGGAAGACUUCGAUUUCGGGCCACCAGACAAUACCAAAUACCCCAACAGCUGGCCAAACAACAUCGUUCCGGGCUUCCGAGGUUUCACAGAGACAUUUCACAGUCAAUGUCAAAAACUAUGCCUGGAUGUUAUGUCCGCAUGUGAACUCGGAUGCGACGUGCCCAAAGACACAUUCCUCAAUCGCUGCGUACCAGCAGCCAGUGAACUGAGAUACAACUAUUACCCUUCUUCUCGUCGAGGAUGGCCUCACACCGACUUUGGUACCAUCACGCUUCUUUUCCAAGACACAAAAGGCGGACUGGAAUAUGAAGACCGCCGCAACCCCGGAACGUUCAUUCCCUUGGUGCGAGAGAAACCGGAUGAGAUUGCAAUCAACGUGAGCGACACAUUCCAAAGAUGGACAAAUGAUUCCAUCCCAGCGCUGCAAAGAGCUGGUGGAUGUGUUCUUCCCCAGCGACAUUCGACGGCGUUCUUCCUGAAGGCUCAUCGCGAGUGCAUGGUAGGUGCUAUUCCGGAGUUUAUGAACGAGCAGAGACCAUCGAGUUAUGAUGAUAUUACUGCGCUGGAGUAUCAUAAUCGCAGGACACAGGUUUUGGUGAAGGCGAGUUCCGCUCCGACUGCUGCUGGGGCAUUAUCAAACAAGUUGGGAUGUGUCGGGUGUCUAUGA